AACCAAGCAAACCCGGCGACCUCCAAUUUUGAAUUGGUGGUUUCGCCAGUGGGAGCCCUCUCUCCCGGCCUUUUCGCCAUCACCUACGAACCGCCAGAAAAUCUUCAGUUCGUGAGAGCGAGUGCCAGUGAAAGUUUUAUUUUGUAAAUUUCCAAAUGUAAUUUCAAAUAUCAGAUUAGAACCAGUUUAACAGUUUUGGUCUCUUCAUCCAUCUCAAAAUUGUAUAUGUGAAAUUUUUAUAAUUAACCAAUGAUAAGCUAAUAUGGUGAUUACAGAUUAUUGUAAAAUGUUAAAACUUUACGGUUUAUUUAAGAAUAAUGAGUUGGAAAAAUAAUUUUCUAUUCGCGGCCCGGGUCGGUAAAUGAUUAAGUAAACUGAGCUCUCUUUAAAAAUGGUUAAAUGAUAGAAGUGUUUUCUCUUUAUAGCUUGUAACAUAAAAUCUUGAAAACAAACUUUGAUCUUAAAUAAAAGGAUGCCUAUAAACGUAACUGUUUAUUUUUUUUUACUUAAGGCAAUAACGAUCCACACUAAACUCCCAAGUCUUGAUAGGGAGUUUACAAAUUUUCUUUGUACCCACUCCGUGUCCGCCUCUGAUGUUUAAAUUUUGUUCUUAAUUCUUCUUUUCUGCCCGCCACUUCCAAGGCCUGUUUUGUCGACAUCUUGUCAAUAUUAAUAACAAGGACACGAGGGGCGUUUCAAUAGAAACACAACACAGUUUAAUAACAAAAGAAAAACUCACAACGAUAACAAAUGCACUGAACAAUACUAACUCUAAACAAAUAAAUACACAAAACAAUAACACUUCAAUUGCAAGACUCUGUUAUUAACUAUUUUAUUAUGAGUAGGGAUAUAUUGUGCAGGUUGAUAGUGAUAAAAUUCUGAAUUGAUAGUGUUUAUUGCGGCUUUCUUGGUUAUGUUUAUCUGGUUAAAAAUUCCGGCUAUAUGUAGGCACCGAUUUAUAGUCAAAACAACAGUUCGUUAAAUUAAAAUUAUGCUUUACCAAAAGUUCAUGUACGAGAAACAGUUUAAUGGUCAAAUUCUUCAAAUUUACGUAAAUUACGUCGAUCAGUUUCAGUAAAAUAUACGUGAAACUAAUAAUAUAUUAGUUAUUUCUUCAAUAAAUAAUGUUUUUACUCUGCUAUUGCUCAGGGUUUGCAGAGGUUCUGCCCUCAGACCACUGAGUAGAAUUACACUGUAAAUAAUGCUGAAAUAAUAAUUUAAAUUUGCAAUAAUGUUCUACUAAAUGUUUAAAAUGUCCAAAGUAUGAGUAACUGACUUUGAAAUAAUUAUAAUAUUUAACAGUAAAGUCUCGUAAAAGUCCGUGCUAGUGACGCUACCAAGCUAAAAUUGGCUACUUUUAGCUUAGAGCAUAAGCCUCAAUCUAAUUUGUAGAUAACUUAUCUCUUUGCCGCGGAUCUCGUUGAAAACGCUCACGGUCGUAGUUACAACAAUACAAAUUAGUUUCAAUACACUGAAUUUACAGUAAUUUACAAAAUUAUGUAAAAUAUAAUAAUUUAUAUAAGGCCGGCGUCGGGAUAGGCCCUGACGAAGAGACGCCUUUUCUUACUUCCUCCCUACAUGACCUAAUCCAUGGACGCAUUUCCGCCCAUGGCUGUAUGCUAAUAUCCAAAAUAGCCUGCGGCUGUAAACACUGCAGCCAAGAACAGGAGGCUUAUUCUAAGUUUAUCGUUUCGAUAAAAUUUGUCGUUACCUAUCGAUUAUCGUUUGUUCUCGACAGUAUCGUAUUCUAAGUUUUUUGUGGCGUCACUUUCGAUGCGGAAAAUCGUUGAAAACUAUCGUUUCGUAACGAGAGGGUACGAGGCUAUCGAGCCGAAUUAAUACAUCGUUACUGUCAAAAUGGGUGAUGCGUGGAGGAGGUAUUUGUUGCAUGUAGCAGUCGAAAUAGACGAAGAUCAUGCUGAAAUUCAAGGCACUAAUAUGCGCAAAGAAAGAAAACAUCUCCGGGAUAGAAACAAUCCCUUUGAAAUGAAAGAAAACCAUUUUAUUGGGAUGUUUCGCUUGAGUCGUGAUUUAGUGCGACAGUUGUGUGAGGACUUAAAAGAACGACUGGAAAGAAAGAAGAUGAACGGGUUACCUACAGAAAUAAAGGUAAAUAUAGCAUUCAUUAGAAAACAAUAUAGUGUAGAUCACAUGCCACUUAAUAAAAAAAUUCAAAUCGUGCCUUUUAUAUGUAAAUAAAAUGCAAUACUAUAUUAUUCAACAAAAAGCAAUCAUGCGUACUUCAUACUCACUAAAUACUUUGUUUAAUAUGGGUAUUAUGUACAGUAUGCCUAUUACGGUACCUUCUUUGCAAGAUUGUUGCCCAUGUGCCAGCUUUAUAAGAAGUAAGUUGAGGUUAGGUUAACCCUGUACAUACAUACUAAAAUACUAUGGAAUCGCAAAACUUAUGCUACUUUCAAGGAUUGGUGAAAAGGUGGAGGGAGGGGUUAAUUACUACAAUAAUUGCUCAUAAGUUCAAAAUUCAUUUUAUUCAGUGCAUCUUUUACCUUUCAGGGCAGGAGACACACAUCCCAUUUCCCCCCCCCCCCCCCCCUUUUCUUCAUGCCAACAUGAUCAUGUUAUGAGGCUCUUAAAUGAUAAAAUAGAUGGAAAAUGUGAUGUAAAUAAGCAUAAAAAAAUAACAUGGCAGCCACCGCAUCACUGCUAGGCUUUCUUAUGUAAACAUUAAACUGUAAUUUCUCCGAAACUAAUUGGAAUCUCUUAGGUCCAGAUUUUGCAAUAGAUAGAGGAAUUUUAAUAGCAUUAAAUAAAAGUGGUUUGAAAUUUUUAUCUCUAUUUUUAAAAAAGAGGAGUUGAACUAGAAUUUUACCAAAAAAUUGAUAGUUUCAUUACGUGGAAACAAAAUCAGUGGACAUUUAGUACUGAGAAGACUAUAGCAAAUACAUAAGUUUCAUUUAACUCUAAUUAUCUCACACUUAACAAAUUAAGGGUUUACCUAAACAUUUUUAUUGAAAAUAAUGUAACGCUUGUGUAUGGACUAUUCUUGAUGUAAAAAUUAACAUUAUUUGUUAUGUGGCCCAUGAAAAUUCUCCCCUUUCCCAACAACAUUCAUUUAAAGGUUUUGUAUCAUUAGUAAUGUAAAAAUGAACAUUAUUUGUUAUGUAGCCCAUGAAAAUUUGUGUUAACAGGUGUUGGCAGCUUUACGUUUCUAUGCUGCCGGGAGUUACCAGUUGUCUGUUGGCCAAAAUUUUGUAAUGUGCAUGAGCCAGUCAUCAGUCAGUCGCUGUGUGACCCAAGUUAGCAGCUGUAUUAACGAAAUUCUGCUUGAGAGAUACGUGAAAUUUCCCCUUGCACCAAGAGACAUCACAAAUGCUCAGCAAAGGUUUAUGACCAAAUAUCACUUUCCUGGAGUUGUCGGUAUCUUGGACUGCACACAUGUUGCCAUUGUACCACCUGCGGUCAAUGAUCCAGAUUUGCCUGAACAUAUGUUUGUGAAUAGGAAGGGGUAUCAUUCCAUAAAUGUGCAGUUGAUUUGCAAUGCAGAUCUAACCAUUUUGAAUGUAAAUGCUAGAUAUGGCGGUGCAACACAUGAUGCAUUUAUAUGGGCUAAUUCUAGAGCCAUGGUGGAAAUGAGGGAAAUGCAUACUAGAAAUGGACACACAUCAUGGUUGUUAGGAGACUCUGGAUACCCUCUGCAGCAAUGGCUGCUAACACCUGUCGUAGGAGCAGCACCUGGGACACCAGAAUACCUCUAUACAUCAAGGCAUGUUGCAACAAGGAGCUGUAUAGAGCGAUGCAAUGGUGUCCUGAAAUCACGAUUUAGGUGUCUGCGGAAAGAUAGAGUUCUCCACUACAAGCCAACUAAAGCUGCAUCUAUUAUAAAUGCAUGUGCAGUACUACACAACUUGGCAAUUGCAGUAAGUUUUGAUGCUUUGUAUAAACUCAUACACUGUGUUAAAUAUGAGUAUGUAUUAUAACAGAUGUAACUUUGCAGGCAGGGCUACCCGAGCCAGAAUGUGAGGAUGAACAAGUAGCAGAAAUGGGCUUGGAUUUCAAUGUGAAUGAAUUCCCCGGAGAGCCAAAUGUACUCCGUGAAGGAAGAAGAAUUCGAAAUGUUUUGAUAAGAAAUCAUUUUACCUGAAUUUAUGCUUAACAUUUUUGAUGGAAAGAAAUAAAAUUGGUUGAAAUUUUCUUACAGAAAAUGUAUAUCUUUUCUAUGUUUAUUAAAUCUAUCUGCCAUCAUUACCUUUUAGUUAUUCCAAGUUGUUAAUAAAUAACUGCAGCUCCUCAAUUGUCAUAAAAUAUUACAUUACAACCAAAGGUGAUAUGUAAAUAUGCAUUUGUUCAGCUUUAGAUAUUACUAUUAAUGAAAGUAGUCUUGCAGUAUCUAUAACACUUCAACAAAAUGUCAUAUGUAGCUAGGUAUUUAAUCAGAUAAAUAUUUACAAUCAUAAAAGUAAGAGAUUAUUAUAAACAAUCAAUGAAAUUAAAUAUCUUAAAAACUGAACAAUUUUAAUUGUGAUUUAACUGAUAUGUAUUUUGCAAACUUCUGUGAUUUAACUUAUACAUAUUCUGCAAACUUUCGAUUAGUCAAAACAAAUUAGCACAGAGAAAAUAAAAUUGUAAAAUUAAAAUUUUCCAAUAAAAUGCAAAACAUUUAGACAACCUAGAAGCUGACAUGAUUCAUGCCACUAGAAAUAGUAUAUAAAACAUUAAUAAAGCUUUUGAUUGUGUUGACCACAAAAUUUUGCUCAAUAAACUUCAAUUUUAUGGUAUUAGAAAUACUGCGCUUCACUGGUUUACAUCUUAUUUGUCAAAUAGGUAUCAAUUAGUAAAAAUUUCUGAUAAUACACAUAGUACAGUUCACUCAAAUAAAGGGUUAAUUAAUCUUGGUGUGCCUCAGGGGUCGAUCCUGGGACCAUUAUUAUUUUUGAUUUAUAUAAAUGAUCUUCCUUCUUUUAUAACUGAUCAGUCAGAAGUAAUUUUAUUUGCAGAUGACACUAGCAUAUUGUGUCAUAACAUUAAAAAUCAAGAAUUAAUUCAAACAUUAAAUAGUGUAUGUGAUAAAUUAAAUCAAUGGUUUAAUGCUAAUAAUCUUACUCUAAAUAUUAAUAAAACAAGUAUCUUAAAAUUUCAUUUACAUAAACAGUCUAACCCUGUAGUUCAAUUGAAUUACAGUGAUACUAAAAUUACAGAAGCAAAUAUUGUCUAAUUUUUGGGCUUGUAUGUAAACAAUACCUUGUGUGGCAAGGAACAUAUAGUUAAAAUGAUGCCUAAACUAUGUUCAGCUUGUUUCGCACUUCAAUCGUUAUCAGCAACUGUAUCUGUUUUUUAUUUAAAACAAAUAUAUUUUUCGUUUUUUCAUUCUGUAAUAUCAUAUGGGAUCAUUUUUUGGGCAUCAUCACCCUAUGCUAAUGAUGUUUUUUUACUACAAAAAAGAAUUAUUAUAAUAAUGUCUAAUGUUAAUCACUAUGAUUCUUGUAGACCAUUGUUUAAGAAUCUAAGGAUACUUACUAUGAUGUGUCAGUAUAUAUACUCAUUAAUUAACUUUGUAGUUAAAAAUAAUGAUAGUUUUGAUAAUAACAGUGCAAUACACACUUAUGACACCAGAAAUAAAUCCGACUUGCAUGUGCCAAGUAAUAAUACAUCAAGGUAUCAAAAAGGUGCACUGUAUUCUGGCAUAAAACUUUUUAAUGCACUCCCUCAUAAACUAAAAGCAAUCUCCCUUUCCAACCCAAGACUUUUUAAAGUUUUACUUAAAAACUAUUUAUUAGAAAAUUCAUUUUAUACAUUAAAUGAAUAUUAUAAUAAUGUUUUAGAAUAACUUAUGAUGA